UCGACAUUGGAGUGGAAAAGCUUUUCCACAGUCAAAGUAUUCAGUGGAGAGUGGAGAGAGAAAAGGAUAUUCUAUUCUAUGUCACUGCCUGCCAGCUUUGAAACGUUUGUUUAAUGGGUGAAAAGUCACAACUCAAUGAAAUCAGACAGCUUAACUUGAACGAACGAACGCAGAAGCAAGACCAAGAGGAGAGAGAAAGGAAACUAGACUAAUUUUAAUAUUAAAAAUUCUAUGACUACCUCUAUCUCUACCUGGAGAGGAGGAGGAGGAGGAGGAGGAGGAGGGGUUGUUAUAAUAAUCUUCAUAAUCUUAUCCUUGCAGAGGGUCAGGGUUUUGCAUAUCAUCAGAAUCAUCAUCACACUCCUCCGUUGGCCAUAUAUUCCCUUUCCGCUCUCCACGGAAGAAGAAAGUCAAUUCCAGACUCCAAUUCCAAUUCGCUGAGUCGUCUUCUUCUUCUUUGACGAAGAGGAGGAAAAAGGAGGACUUCUUUGUGGGCGUCGCCCAGAUUUAAAUCCUGCGGUUGGGACAUGGAAUCAUCAACGCCUGAUCAUGCCGAUCAUCAUGCUGCUAACAACAACAACAAGAAGCCUCGUAAUAAUCCAAAUUUGAUUACGACAAGCGAUCACCUGCGGCAUGUGGAGUCGAUGGCCACAAUGCCUUCCGGCGCCGGAAACAUUUCCCACCCGAACGCUGUCAUUCUCGGAGAAUCUCUCGCUUCUGAAGAGAACGAUCUCGUCUUUCCCAGCGACCACUUCUCCCGUCAGGCCCACGUCUCCUCUCCCCAACAGUAUCUGGAGAUGUACAGACGGUCCAUCGAGGACCCCGCCGGAUUUUGGUCCGACAUCGCUGCCACCUUCUUUUGGAAACAGAAAUGGGGCCAACCAGUGUACUCGGAGAAUCUUGAUGUCAGGAAAGGCGAUAUCCGAAUUGAGUGGUUCAGGGGCGGUAUCACCAACAUCUGCUACAAUUGCCUUGACACAAAUGUUGAAGCUGGACUUGGUGACAAAAUUGCCUUCUACUGGGAAGGCAAUGAGCUUGGUGUUGAUGCCACUUUAACUUACACCCAGCUUCUCCACAACGUUUGCCAGCUUGCGAACUAUUUGAAAGAUGUUGGAGUUAAAAAGGGUGAUGCUGUUGUGGUUUACCUGCCCAUGUUAAUGGAACUUCCAAUUACAAUGCUUGCUUGUGCCCGCAUUGGUGCCGUUCACUCGGUUGUCUUUGCCGGAUUUUCUGCGGAAUCUCUUGCUCAAAGGAUUGUAGAUUGCAAACCGAAAGUUGUAAUCACUUGCAAUGCUGUUAAAAGAGGUUCUAAGGUUAUCCACCUCAAAGAUAUAGUUGAUGCUGCCCUUAUAGAAUCAUCCCAAAGUGGGGUUUCUGUAGAUGUAUGCUUAACUUAUGAAAAUCAAUUGGCUAUGAAGAGGGAAAGUACUAAAUGGCUGGAAGGAAGGGAUGUAUGGUGGCAGGAUGUCAUACCUAAAUAUCCAACUACUUGUGCAGUGGACUGGGUUGAUGCAGAAGAUCCACUUUUUCUGCUCUAUACCAGUGGGAGCACUGGCAAACCGAAGGGAGUUCUCCACACAACUGGAGGAUAUAUGGUGUACGCUGCCACAACAUUUAAAUAUGCAUUUGAUUACAGCUCAUCCGACAUCUACUGGUGUACUGCUGACUGUGGUUGGAUCACUGGGCACAGCUAUGUCACUUAUGGACCCCUGCUUAAUGGAGCAACUGCUGUUUUAUAUGAAGGGGCUCCAAAUUAUCCUGAUCCUGGACGCUGUUGGGAUGUUGUUGAUAAAUACAAAGUGACCAUAUUUUAUACUGCCCCCACAUUAGUGCGGUCCCUCAUGCGUGAUAGUGACAAGUAUGUUACACGAUACUCGCGAAAAUCCUUACGGGUCCUUGGAAGUGUAGGCGAGCCUAUUAACCCAAGUGCAUGGAGGUGGUUUUUCAACGUGGUUGGAGAUUCAAAAUGUCCUAUUUCCGACACUUGGUGGCAAACUGAAACUGGUGGCUUUAUGAUAACUCCACUACCGGGUGCCUGGCCACAGAAACCUGGUUCUGCUACUUUCCCUUUCUUUGGGGUGCAGGCUGUCAUAGUUGAUGAAAAGGGUGUUGAGAUUGAAGGGGAAUGCAGUGGCUAUCUGUGUGUAAAAAGCUCAUGGCCUGGGGCUUUCCGAACUCUAUACGGUGAUCACGAAAGAUACGAAACCACUUACUUUAAACCUUUCCCCGGAUAUUAUUUUAGUGGUGAUGGAUGCAGCAGGGACAAGGAUGGAUAUCACUGGCUUACAGGAAGGGUUGAUGAUGUUAUCAACGUUAGUGGACAUCGUAUUGGUACAGCAGAAGUGGAAUCUGCUCUGGUCUCCCAUCCCCAGUGUGCUGAAGCUGCUGUGGUUGGCAUUGAGCAUGAAGUUAAAGGACAAGGUAUAUAUGCCUUUGUUACUCUUGUGGAAGGUGUACCUUACAGUGAAGAACUCCGGAAAAGCCUUGUACUGGCUGUGAGAAAGCAGAUAGGAGCAUUUGCAGCACCGGACAGAAUCCACUGGGCCCCUGGCCUUCCGAAAACAAGGAGUGGGAAGAUCAUGAGGAGGAUUCUGAGGAAGAUCGCUUCUAGACAGUUAGAUGAGCUUGGAGACACCAGCACCCUUGCGGAACCAAAUGUGGUCGAUCAACUUAUUGCUCUCGCAGAUGUCUAGCAAGUACGGAGGACAUGCGACUUCCUCUUGAGAAAAAAGUGAUCAAACAGAUGAAUUUUGGAAGGAUUCCAAUUGGAGAAUGUUCGUGAGUCUCUCAACUUUUGCCUAUCAAAGUUUCAAAUUUUUCUAUCAAGUAGCUUAUUUAUGGCGAAGAAAUAAAGGAGCAACGCGCAGUGCUGUCAAAGUAACGUUUUGAGCUUAUUUGGGCUUUUUGGCGUCCAAGAUGAUGUCUUUUAGGUUUGAGGUCUUUGCAAUUAUGUUCGGGACAUCUCAAGCUUUAAUUCAAGUCGUUUUGGGCCCGUUUUGGAGCACUGAAGAUCCAGAAACAUGAGAUUCUUUGUGACUGGGUAGAUUUUCCAAAGUUUGAAUAGAAAUGUAAUUCCUAGUUAUCUUGUUAUAAGUUUUGAAGUUUUUAGAAGACCUUUUAUAGUAAGGAUUUUAUUUUGUGGUAGUAUUAUUGAGCCGUUAGGGCCGAUGAACACAUCGAUUUGGAGAACUUGGCUAUGCUUUGACGAUUUGUAUUCCAAUGUGUUUUUUAUCCAUGUUUUAAUAAUAUUUUCUUUUAUGAUUGUUCAUAA